UACACGUACACCGAGUAGCUCUCCUUGCGGCUGCGCUUGCGCUUCUUGCCGUCCUUCUUCUGUGCCUUGGUCACGGCCUUCUUGGAGCCCUUCUUCGGGGCGGGCGCGGACUUCACUGGCUCGGGCAUCUUGACACAACAACCACAGGAACUGUAGCACCGAGUCUGCCGGUAACUUCCCUUUUUAUAAGGCGUUAUUCAAAUGAAGCUGAGAAAAGAACACUUCUGAUUCAGUGCUAUUUUGAUGAUGUCAUCCGGAGUCUUGCCCAAUCGACGUGUGCAGGUCGGCACAAACGCUUCUCAUUGGCCUAAACGAAAUGAAGAAGUCAGCCAAUCGCACGGGUUCUUUUUCGCGCCCAGAGAAGACUAUAAGGCCCAAGCUCUUGCGGCUCUCAUCCACCCAGUUGGUAACGACUACUGUGUGUUCACCAUGUCUGGACGCGGCAAGCAGGGCGGCAAGGCUCGCGCCAAGGCCAAGACCCGCUCGUCCCGCGCCGGCCUGCAGUUUCCCGUGGGCCGCGUGCACCGGCUCCUCCGCAAGGGCAACUACUCGGAGCGGGUGGGCGCCGGCGCCCCGGUCUACCUGGCGGCCGUGCUGGAGUACCUGACGGCCGAGAUCCUGGAGCUGGCUGGCAACGCGGCCCGCGACAACAAGAAGACGCGCAUCAUCCCGCGCCACCUGCAGCUGGCCAUCCGCAACGACGAGGAGCUCAACAAGCUGCUGGGCCGCGUGACCAUCGCGCAGGGCGGCGUCCUGCCCAACAUCCAGGCGGUGCUGCUGCCCAAGAAGACCGAGAGCCACCACAAGGCCAAGGGGAAAUGA